AUGUCGAAUCUCCAGCCCACGAAGGGCUCGGCGAAGGAGGCCGCGGGCCUGCGAUACCCUACAAACGGCAAGACCAUCUACCACCGGCCGCUGAACCGCACCAAGACGGCCGAGCUGAGCGGCGCCAGCUUCGCCUACCUGUUUUCCGAGAUGGUCAACUACGCCUCCAAGAAGAUUGUCAGCAUCCAGGACCUGGAAAAGCGCCUCAACACGGCCGGCCACCCGCUGGGCCUCAAGCUGCUGGACCUGCUGCUGUACCGGGAGCCGGCGCGGACGCAGACGCGGCCGCUGACCAUCAUCCAGCUGCUGCACUUCAUCAAGCUGACGCUGUGGGGCCACCUGUUCGGGCGGGCGGCCGACGGGCUGGAGAAGUCGUCGGACCCGGCCACGCCCGACGAGUACAUGAUCAUCGACAACGAGCCGCUCGUCAACCGCUACGUCUCGGUGCCCCGCAACAUGGACCAGCUCAACUGCGCCGCCUUCGUCGCCGGCGUCGUCGAGGGCGUCUGCGACGGCGCCGGCUUCCCCGCCCGCGUCACCGCCCACACCGUCCGCCAGCCCGGCGAGGAGGAGGGCAAGGAGAUGUGGCCCGGCCGCACCGUCUUCCUGCUCAAGUUCGCCCCCGAGGUCAUGGAGCGCGAGGGCUUCUUGGGCAAGGGCUGA